AUGGAACAUAAUGAAAAGGAUUACUCUUCUGGUACAACGCCAUUUCUCCAGCAGAUAAUGGCUGCUUCUUCUGGUGCUAUUAUAACCUCACUACUAAUGACACCAAUGGAUGUCGUAAAAAUACGAUUGCAGCAACAAGCGCAUCCUUUUGUUAAAGGCACUUGCUUUUUGUAUUACAAUGGUUUGAUGGAUCAUUUGUGUACAGCUUGUGCUGAUGUGAAUUCUAAAGAACCAUGCGAAUGGUUUGCAAGACCAGGAAAUUUUACAGGAACGAUGGAUGCAUUGUUCAAAAUUUCAAGGACAGAAGGGAUUCGUUCACUGUGGAGUGGGCUUUCUCCGACACUGAUUAUGGCUAUACCGGCAACAGUACUUUAUUAUACAGUUUACGAUAAUAUGUUGUGCUGGUUGAGAGAGAAAUAUAAUCAGAAAUCUCACUGGAUUCCUUUGGUUGCUGGUUCAUCUGCCCGUCUAGUUGCCCUCACUAUUGUUUCGCCAAUGGAAUUGAUAAGGACAAAAAUGCAAAGUGAACGACUUACAUAUAAAGAUAUUGGAUUAGCUUUUCAACGAUCGAAAGCAGCUGAAGGAUGGAUCAGUUUGUGGCGUGGUUGGGGUCCUUUGCUAAUGCGUGAUAUGCCGUUUUCUGCUGUGUAUUGGACAGGAUAUGAAUAUUUGAAAGCGAAUGCUUUACAAAGAUUCAAUCAACGGGAAACAAAUUUUUUGAUUAGUUUUAUAUGUGGUGCAAUGGCUGGUUCAGUUGCAGCAUUUGUAACAACUCCGUUUGACGUCAUUAAAACUCAUCGUCAAAUUACUUUAGGAGAGGUAGAGACUAUAAAGCAGAUAAGAGGACAUAAUAAUGGGAGUAUGAAAGUGACAGAAAACUGUGGCUGUAAUACAGUUAUCACAGAAAGACGUGAUAUGGAAAUUCGAUCAAAGCGCUCUUUCGGUAUUAUGAAAGAACUUUAUGAAAAGAAGGGAUUCAGAUCUUUGUUUGCAGGGGUGGUGCCACGUGUAACAAAAGUUUCGUUUGCGUGUGCUGUAAUGAUAAGUAGUUACGAGUAUUGUAAACUAUUCUUUAAAAAAGUGAAUAGCUUAUGA